CCUACAAAACUGGAGCCGAGUUUCAGCCAUUAUCACCUCAUGGCGAAGAAGGCAAAAAAGAAAGCCGCGAGCAAGGAAGCAGGGACUGACAAAGCCCAAGAGGAGGCCUCGGCAAAGUCCAAGGCAAAGAAGGAGGCACCGACAGCGAGUCAAAGCGCCUCAGCGCAGAAGCAAAAUGCAGAGGAGGCGUACCGAGCUGCCGCAGUGGUCUUCUUUACACGCCACGAAGAUGGCAGCGUCGACAAGGUCUUGGUGGCCUUGGAGGAGAGAAAAGUCUCCGCUGGCUUUUUGGGGUUGGAAGAAAAGGGCAAGGUGAACAAGCUCCUGGUGGUUUUUCCCAUGGGGAGGAAGGAGAAAAAGGAUAAGAAUGAUGCUGUGGAGACAGCCAAGAGGGAGUACAUUGAGGAGACCUUGGACUUUGGUGCUUUGGCAAGGUUCCUGGAUUUUGCUGACUUCGAGGGUGGCGGCGACGUCACUGCUAAUCGCAUCGCUCCAGGCGCCAAGGUUCCAAUGACAUGGAGCGGCGCUGAUAACAUGGCUCUCUACUUUCCACCCGCCAGUAUGACGGUGCUCUUCUGUGAGGUUCCUCCUGGAGAAGUGCAUGAGCCAGGACAGGAACCCGCAGUCAAGAAGCAACGCCGGGAGGAAGCAGCAGCUGAAUUGGAAGCGCUGCCGAAGCCCAGUCCGUCCUACCAUGUGGGCAAGGUUGGGCACCUGCAGCCCAUCUGGAUAGAUGCUGAGCACCUUAAAGAGGUGGCCAGGUCUAUGGAGAAGGCUCCAAAGUUGAACCUCGACGGCCGCGAGUGCCGUUUCUUUCCGACCAAUGCAAGCCUUUUGCGGAUGCCGGAAGUGCGGACUUGGUUGCGAAUCUCUUGAGAAAAUCAGUACAUCAUCGUACAGUAACAUCACUUCUAAAGGUGUACUUGUCCGAUUCAACCACCAUGGAAUCAUGUGGAUUUACAAGCCAUCCACUUCUGGUUGGUGGUUGAAAAAUCCAUAGAUUUUUCGCCUAAAUUGAUCUUAGUUGGCAAAA